AUGAUUACGCCAAAGAAAACAUCACCGAACCACCACCACCAACAUCAUGAACAAAAUUUAGUUCUUGUACACUAUGAUGACCAAUUCGAUCUGAAUCAUGAUGUACCGAAUCAAUAUGGAAUUUUACAAACAACACCAAUCCCAUCAAUUAGGCAAGCCUGUUAUAUGACUCUUCCAUCAAACUCUGGUAUGAUCAUUGAUGUAUUACAAGCCUCAUCUCCCAUUGGUUAUUAUAUAGUUCGACCUUCCAGUGAUACAACAGUCACUACAAGCACACAAAAUUCAAUUACAGGCAGCGGUAACACAGAAUAUUAUUUAGUUCAAAUAUGUAACCCAGUGACAAAUGUCUCAUCCAUGUGUGGGAAUGAUUUAAUCUAUCAGUAUAAAGCUGUGGCAUAUCUUGUGGAUGGAUCAUCAUGCAAACCAUUGAGCAACACUGGAGGACCAACUGUGAAAUUACUUCAAAAUUCAACUCACACUCUUGGAAUUUCUUUGGUUUACACACCUUUUGGAGUGAGCAACUUUCUGAGUGGUACAAAUAUUGAUUUAUAUUGCCAUCGAUAUACUCCUGUGAAUACUACACAAGAACAAUUGAUAUUUAAAAAGAAAAUAACUAACGUGCUAACCACUACAUAUUAUUUUGAAAUGUAUACUCGAUAUGCGUGUCCCUUUAAUGGCACAGCUCCACCAACUCCAUCAGGAUUAGAUUUAACGGAUUUUUAUCAAAUGUUUUUGGCAAUAUCAAUAAUUUCUAUAGUGGUGGUAGGACUCUGUCAUUUAAUAGUUAGCUUAUUUUCAUAUCGAGUAUUUAAAUGCAAUUUAAUUACUAUUUGGAUACCAUUGAUAUCUUUUGCUCUUGGAUGUCUAUAUUGUUUGUUGGAGGUGGUUGUUUACAGUGUUGCCAUUUCUGGAAUUUACGUGUCCAUAGGUAUUAGCAUGUCACCAUUAGAGGUAUCGAUUUAUGCAAUAAUUGCAAUCGUACCACUAUUGUUCAAUGCAAGCGGUUUGUUCGCCAGACGAAGACUUGAAUUCUUUUAA